AUGCAGGAAGAUUCGAAUCUAAAUAUAAUUGUGGCAAAUGUUUUGAAUGAAAAACGCUACAGCCAUUGUAGGUUAUGCUUAAAGUUUAUUAAAGAACAAUACGUGCGUUUCGAUGAUCCUGUCUCGUUAAAUCCAUCAAGCCGUAUUUUUCAGCCACUGUCUCAUAUUCUAACGAAAUUACUUGGUGAAAAUGUAUGUGAUGAAAUUACUGGUAUUGAAGCUGUAUGUACGGACUGCGUUAAUACUGCACUCAUAUCCCUUCGUUUUAUAGAAAAAUGUCAGAACUCUUCAGAUAUUUUAAAGCAAGUGUUUCAAAAUAUAUCUAAUACUUUAAAUUCUGAUAUUGACAUUGAAGAUAAGAACAAAACUGUAUAUAUGGUAAUCGAUGAUUUACAAUCCAGAAUACUCAUUGUUGACAAACCACAAAAGAAGCACAAACCUCAUAUAACUAAAAAACCUUAUGAAUGUCAAUCUUGCGAUGAGUGUUUUGAAACUUUUGAAGAUGUCAAAGCCCAUAAUCUUGCAGUUCAUGGCAUUUUGACUUGUGACAAAUGUAUGGAAACAUUUAGAAAUGAUGACGAUUUGAUUUCUCAUGAGAUUCACGGUCAUAAGUUCAAAUGUCCGGACUGUCCUCAAUAUAGAAGUACAGAGGAAGCCUUGAAAGACCAUCAUGAUCAUGAACACAAUGUAUAUGUCUGUAAAGAGUGUGGGAAACCAUGCCAUGGCUUAGACAAGUUACAAAUACAUGAAGAAAAACAUAAAUCAAAGAGUGCAUGUCCAAAAUGUGGCAAAAGUUAUACAACUAAAGAAUUUUAUGAGAAGCAUGUGAACUUGUGCCUUAAUAAUUUAAUUGAUCCUCAUCCUAUAAGAAGUACAAUGGAAAAGUCAUUUACUUGUGAGAAGUGUGAUAAAGCGUACAGUACCCCAGGAGGUUUAAGAGUACACAAUAGAUUUGCUCAUGGAAAUGCUAAGCCCCAUGUAUGUAAGGAGUGUGGAAAAAAGUUUACAGCACCCAGCUAUUUAAAAGUACAUAUGGUAAAGCAUACUGGGGAAAAGAAUUUCAAAUGUCAUAUCUGUAGCAGUAGAUUUGUUUCUAAAGAGGCUUUAUUAUAUCACACCAGACGUCACACUGGAGAAAAGCCUUAUAGUUGCAAGAUAUGUAAUGAAAGAUUUGUUAAUGCUUCUGCUAGAGCUGAACAUAUUAAAUUUAAACAUGUAGGGCCAACCCUAAUGUGUGAGAUUUGUUCCAGAAAGUUUGUUACUACUCAUUUCUUGAAACAACAUAUUAGUAGACAUCAUGACCCUACAAGCAAAUUGUAUUAUGGCAGGAAUAUGAUUCCACCAAACCUGCCCGUAGAACAAAACAUGAGAAGGUUUAUAAUUGAAACUGAAAAU